AUGGAGCCAAAUAAGAGCAAUCUCAAAGAUCAAGAAAGCGAUAAAAUCAAAAAAAGGUUGGAUGAAGAAUAUUUCCCAACAAUGGAAGAUCUCAGCGGGAUUGAAGAUGUCAUAAUGAAUCAUGAUAACCUGACUGCCUUUUUAGAGGAUCAGAUGGUCCCAAUAAAUACAAUUAUUCACGAUCAGAGUGAUGACAACUCUGAUGAGGGACCUCAGAUUGAAUAUGAUAGCUCAGCUUAUAAAUAGUAUUGAUUCAAAGGAGUCUCCUUCCAAGAGUUCUUGAGGAGAGGUAAAGUCCAAAGAAAAACUAAAAUAUCUCUUCAAUUUUCUGAGUCCCUCAAAAACUAUCAUCGAGGAGGGUGGAUCAAAGGAGACUUCAAUAGUAGUAUCAAGUGAUAUGAACGGAGUAUCUAAAGAUAGUCAGAACAGUACACCUACAUUAAGCUUCAAAUGAGAUAAUUUCGCUGAAAUAAAAUAAGUCUCCCAAAGUGUGCCCAUUAGAAGAACUUCUGGCUUCUCUUCUAUAUCCACAAAUAAGAGUGUUUAACCCCAAAAUGAUCUACAAAAAUAACAAGUAUUGUGAAUGGCUUAAUUACAACCUUGUGCUGACAAAGCUCAAGUCUCAUAAAACUUUUGAGACGGGAAACAGGAUCAAGCGUAGGAGAAGGGAUAGCGAAUUUAUGAGCCGCCAAUGGUCUAAAAAUAACGGCCUUUCUUCCAUGAGCUUAUCAAAAAUAAUUCUUGAAUCAAAUCAAUUUGAUAAAAACAACCCUGGGGACUGAAACUUUGCUUAUAGUCAAAUCUUUCAAACCGAGGAGAGAGAUAAACAUAACCAGGAGUUUGAUUUUGAUGAAGAGUAUGACAACGUUAGUAUCCCAUUUGAAUGAUCGAUCCCUCAGCAACAAAUGGAAGAUUUCCUUAGAGACACUAUGCAGAAGGACAUCAAUGGGAGUCCUAAGAUUGAUGAAAGAGCUUUCGAUACUUUUAGUCCUCACCAAAAAGAUAUGGGAAAGCAAGCAUCUAGCCAGAAAGAUAUUAACACAGAAUGAAACAUCUGAUUGCAAUUUGCAGACAACAAAGAAAUCAUUUGAGCCUAUGAGCAAGCCAAAUCCUGAUACGAUACAGACCCUCAAGUAAAGUAAGAGCCUAGCGAUUAUGCUCUCCUGUCUGAGCUUAAUAAAUAUAAAUCCUUGGCAGAAGAGUCUAAGGCCAAGAAUGAAGAAUUGGAAUCAAGAUUGAACAAGGAUUUUUCUAAAAUAAAUUUAGGCUUCAGUUCAAACAGCAGGAUCAUCAAGAAGUUGCUCCCAUGUCUCCCUCUUUGAUGAAGAUCAGGUAUGAGAUUCUAUCAAAAGUUCAUGAUGAAAAUUCGAAAUCUCUGAAAGAAGAGAACGAGGGGCUAAAGACUCUCCUUCUUCAGUACAUUCCUGAAUAUAAUUACUAUAAAUAAAAUUAGUUCUUGGCUAAUUUCAAGAAAACCUUUGCUUAAAGCAGAUGAUAUCAGAAAGCUUGUAGACCAGCAUUGCAUGAAGUUCUACAAUCUAACUAAUAAAGGCCUGGAAAAGAGCGUUAAGCUUCCGACUGGGUUUAACAGUACAAAUAAAGAUGCUAAAGUUGAGAAUCAGGAAAAGAACAAUAAAACUCCAUUAAGAGAUAUUAGUAAUUUGAAGAAAUCAGAUUCUUUCUUGACCAGUAAUAUCUCUUAUGGGAAUACUCCUGAGAAGAUUAAUGUCCCGAAUUUUCCUCAGGUAAAGGAUGGGUUGGCCAGAAGAGAAACUAGAGAAUAUAAGACUCCUACAGCAGUUUCAUCAAUGAAGACAAAAAGAAUUUCUAAGAAGAGAUUUAGAAAUCAAGUUAACAAAGCACAAUAUAUGAACGACAAUAAAGAAAAUGAGCCUCUGCAAGUGAGACCACAGACCUCAAAGGAGGCGUCUCGUAAGCUAAGACAUCAUUUCUUUGAUAUGCCAAGUAGCUCUCUGCAAAAUAAUUAAU